AUGGUAUCAAAAAGAGCAGAAACUAUUCCUAGCAGAUACUAUUCCUUAGCAGAAACUAUUCCUAAAGCGACUUUAUCAAGAAAGUCUAAUCGAGUUACAUCGCAUGAAUUACAUUCAUCCAAGGAAUAUUUCCAAACAAUAGCUGAAAAACAGGCUAACGCUGAAUUGAUACAUGCUGAAGCUGCGAAGGCUCAAGCGACGGCAUCUGAAAUGCACGCUCAUGCGAUGACUGAAAUUGCACUUGCUGUACAAAAAUUGGCAGAUACGGCUGCUGUACAAGCAGAUAAUGAAAGAGAGCGCAUACAAAUUUUUGAGAAACUUGUAACACUUUUAAACCCUUCAUUACCUGCAAACAACGAAUAAAACGUGACCACACAGGAACCGAAACAAUGAAGACUGAAAUUAUAUAUCUGUGAAAUGUGAUUCUUCCUGCCAAAGAUUAUAUCAUAAGUAAAA